AUGAGCAAAAUCUUCACCGUCUUUGGCGUUACAGGCCAACAAGGAGGCGCCUUGAUCCGGUAUCUACUAGACCAUCCCGUCUUCUCGAAAGAGUACCGAUUUCGUGGGGUCACGAGAAAUGCGUCGAAGCCUGCUGGGGUCGCGCUUCGGGAGAGAGGUGUUGAAAUCGUCGAGGCGGACAUGAACGACUCCGACACGCUUGUGUCGGCGAUGAGAGAUGCACAUACCGUCUUCGCGAUGACGACCUGGCUCGAAACCUUCCAGCCGGCCGAAGAAGUCGUGCAGGGUAAAGCGCUCGCCGACGCCGCGGUCGCGGCCAAGGUGAAAUUGUACAUUUGGUCGUCGCUGCCGCGCACGGGGGUCGCGCAUUUCAACAGCAAGGCCGAUGUCGAGGAUUAUAUCCGCACGUUGCCUCUGAUGGCCGCCUUCUUCAUGCCAGGUUGGUUCAUGCAGAAUUUUUUCGGUGUUAUGGCGCCGAAACGAAGGGUGCAAAAAACAAAACAAGAACAACAAGAACACCCAUCGGGCCGCGAUGAGAUGGAAGAAGAAGAAAAGGAAGAAGAGGAGUAUGUCGUCUCUCAGCCGUGGCCGGGCGCGGGAUUGGAUAGCCUCGUGCCGCUGAUAGAUAUCGAGGACACGGGGAAAUAUGUCGCGCCGUUCUUGGUGGACCCCAAUAAGUAUGCUGGGUCGCGGUUCUGGGCGUGCACGCGGUUUUAUAGCGUCGAGGAGAUUUGUCGCGUGUGGACUGACGUGACGGGGAAGAAGGUCGUUUUCGAUGAGCGUGUUGACUGGAUCAGUGGAGGUGGUACUGCUACUGUCAUGAAAGACGCACUGGAGAAGAGUCUGGGCAAGACGGGUAAGGCGAAUGGGUAUUUUGGCGUUGAGGGGGAGGAAGGGGUGAAGUGGACGCUUGAGCAGGUUGGGGAGAAGUUGACGACGUGGGAGGAGUUUGUGAAGAGGAGUGAACCGUGGUUUGUGUAA